UAAAAUGCAUGGGCUGCCGGUUAUUCGUGAGUAGUUUACCGGCGCGUGCUAUUGGCAGGAUGACCUCCUCCUCCUCCCGCGGGAGUCUCACCGACCCGCUCGUGGCGGCUAUCGACCAGGGCACGAGCUCCACGCGUUUCUUGGUUUUUAACGCCCGGACAGCAGAGGUAGUUUGUCAGCAUCAGGUGGAAAUCAAACAGAGCUUCCCAAAAGAGGGAUGGGUUGAGGAGGAUCCUCUGGAGAUUCUGCAGUCUGUGUUUGAGUGUGUGGAACACACCUGUGACAAACUCAACCAGCUCAACAUCCCUACCACACACAUCAAAGCGAUUGGAGUAACCAAUCAGAGAGAAACCACCUUGGUUUGGAAUAAGGAGACCGGAGAGCCUCUCUGCAAUGCCAUUGUAUGGUUGGAUCUACGGACCCAGUCUACUGUGGAGAGAUUGAUCAACCAAACACCCAGCAAGAGCAAGAACCACCUAAAAAGUCUCACUGGUCUACCCAUCAGCACCUACUUCAGUGCAGUCAAACUCCGCUGGCUCCUGGACCACGUGGAACCCGUCGCCCAGGCAACACACACACACACCGCCCUGUUUGGCACUGUAGACUCCUGGCUGAUAUGGUGUCUCACAGGUGGGAGGAAAGGGGGGAUCCACUGCACAGACGUUAGCAACGCCAGCCGCACACUCCUCUUCAACAUACACACACUCGAGUGGGAUCCAGAUCUCUGCUCAUUUUUCGAGAUCCCAAUGGAGAUGUUGCCAAAUGUGAGAAGCUCUUCUGAAAUCUACGGUUAUAUGUGUCUCACAGGUGGGAGGAAAGGGGGGAUCCACUGCACAGACGUUAGCAACGCCAGCCGCACACUCCUCUUCAACAUACACACACUCGAGUGGGAUCCAGAUCUCUGCUCAUUUUUCGAGAUCCCAAUGGAGAUGUUGCCAAAUGUGAGAAGCUCUUCUGAAAUCUACGGUUAUAUGUGCUCUGGACCUCUUGCUGGCGUGCCCAUAUCAGGAUGUCUGGGUGAUCAGUCUGCAGCUCUUGUUGGACAGAUGUGUUUGCAGGAAGGCCAAGCAAAGAACACGUAUGGAACUGGCUGUUUUUUGCUGAAGAACACUGGAACAAAGCCUGUGAUGUCAGAGCACGGCCUCCUGACGACGGUGGCAUAUAAAUUGGGGCGGGACCAUCCUGCCUGCUACGCUCUGGAGGGUUCGGUUGCUAUAGCGGGGGCAGUGGUAAGAUGGCUGAGAGACAACUUGGGAAUCAUCCAAACAUCAGCUGAGAUAGAGAAACUUGCAUCAUCCGUUGGCUCGUCGCAUGGCUGUUAUUUUGUUCCGGCAUUUUCUGGAUUAUAUGCCCCCUACUGGGAACCUAGUGCAAGAGGGAUCAUCUGUGGUCUCACUCAGUUCACCAAUCGCUCUCAUCUUGCCUUCGCUGCACUGGAGGCUGUGUGUUUCCAGACCAGAGAGAUUCUGGAUGCCAUGAACCAGGACAGUGGGGUUCCUCUGACGUGCCUGCGGGUGGAUGGGGGCAUGACGGCUAACUCCCUUCUCAUGCAGCUACAGGCAGACAUCCUCGCCAUCCCCGUGGUGAGGCCCUCCAUGUCCGAGACGACAGCUCUGGGAGCAGCGAUGGCAGCUGGCAUGGCGGAUGGAGUGUGUGUGUGGAAACUCAACCAAGAACACAGUAUCAGCAUGGAAACGUACCAGCCCCAGAUCCUGCCCAAGGAUGGUGAAUUCCGUUAUGGCAGAUGGAAGGCCGCUGUUCAGAGAGCCAUGAAUUGGGAAACGACAGAGACAGAGACAGCCAACAAAGAAAUGAUGUGUUGUGAUGGGGGAGGGAGCAGAGACAACAACUGA